CUCAAGACUCAAGACUCUCCUCAAGACUCUGAAACACAAGCUUAGACCAAUCAAAUUAUAUUCAAUAUGAAACCAGUCCUCUGUACUUGACACGUGAUGCUCAUUUGAAUUUGGUUGGUACUUUUUUUGGCAUCAAAACUCAAUUUUCUUUCAAAGCAUUAAAGCCCCUUUUCUCUUAUUGUCGCCGAUACUAUCUUGGGUCUGAAGAUUCCGUACCAUGGUAUUUUGGUGUUCCUAUUUACUUUACCAUUUGGAUUUUGGAUGGUUGUGAAUUUUGAAGCCGGCGUUAAGUCAAGCUGUAAGAUAUGGAGGACCAGGAGUCUUUGCUGGGGCACAGGUCGAAUGAAAGGUCGGGCGCAAGUAGUAUUGCUAACGCAUACCAAUAUGCUUAUCGACGAACAGGUUGUUGGAGACCAACUUUGAUUGUACCUUGCUUAUUUUUAGCUACACUUUUUCUGACUCCAUUAUACAUGAUGAAUAAUAAAGUACAACCAAAGACUAGGCAUAUGGAGUUUAGAAAUGUAGUAGGAUAUUUUCUACAAGAUGAUCAGAAUACAAAGUCGGAAACUUUCAAUUACACGGAGUCGAACUUUGGGUUAAAAGAUCGUGUGUAUGAUACGGAUGCAGAAUUUGACCCGGAGAGAAAUAAGACGCAAUGGGAAAGAUUUGAGAAUCAUGUUGUGAAACUCAACAACCAGACCCCUAAGAAUGUUCAGUAUAAAGUUCUUUACUUGGGGCGUCAUGGGGAAGGUUACCAUAAUAUAAAAGAGACUGAGGUUGGAAAAGAAGCAUGGGAUUGCUACUAUUCUCACUUGAAUGGUGAUGAAAAUUCAACCUGGGCCGAUGCUCACCUGGCUCCCACUGGUGUUGCCCAAGCUCUGGUGGCGAACGAGUUUUGGGAGAAACUAAUCACUACACAAAAAGCAUCUCCACCACAGUCCUAUUACGUCUCACCCCUGACACGUUGUCUCCAAACAUGUUCUCUCACAUUCAGCAAUCUACCACUUCCACUCACCUCCCCUCCAUUCACCCCCAUUAUCAAAGAACUUCUCCGUGAAGGUAUCUCCUCUCAUACUUGCGAUCGACGCCGCUCAAAAACUUAUAUCCACGCUUUCGCCCCUACUUGGAAAUUUGAAUCUAAAUUCCCAGAAGAAGAUCCUUAUUGGCGUGCCAAUUACUCGGAAACUCACGAGGCAGAGAAUAGAAGAUUCAAAGCUCUCCUGGAUGAUAUAUUCAUGAAUGAUAAUAGCACAUUCAUCUCACUUAGUUCCCAUUCCGGAGCUAUCAACACCAUCUUACGAGUUAUCGGCCAUAGAACAUUCUCCUUGAAGACAGGAGCUGUAAUUCCAGUCUUGAUCAAAGCACAGAAUGUAUUGAGAGAAGACCCAGCCCCAAUAUACAAAGGUCCAGAAUUUGCCAAAGACCCGAAAGUAUGUUCAGCGCCUCCACGUCCAUCUGAUAUCCCAAAGCCAGUAAAUGAUAUCGGCCUACAAAAACCCGAGGACGCUGUUCCUCCCCCACCACAGCCUCCAGCUCCGGAGCCAGCUACUCCCGCUGAGCCAAACCCUCCCACGGAUCCAUUACCACCCACAAAUCUGAACCCACCCACCGAACCGCUCCCUCCCGCUGAACCAAACCCUCCCACGGAUCCAUUACCACCCACAAAUCUAAACCCACCCACCGAACCACUCCCUCCCGCAGAACCAAACCCUCCCACGGAUCCAUUACCACCCGCAAAUCUGAACCCACCCACCGAACCGCUCCCUCCUGCUGAGCCAAAUCCCCCCACUAACCUAACGCCACCCGUGGAUCCCGCAAACCCAGCAACAGUGGAAAUGAAUCCUCCUCCCGCCGAAGAAAUACCUUCUCAAAAUGUCGAGGUAAAUCGUCCCGUCGAAGCAGCUCCACCCACAGAUAUACCAGUGAAUCCACCCACCAACUCAAUUCCACCCCCAUCAAACGACCCUCCAACCAAUCCCCCCAUUGAAGCAAACCCUCCCAUCAACGCAGCUUCCCCACCUAACGAAUCUCUCGAGGUCGCUAAACCCGAUCCCUUACUACCCGUUGACCCAGCACCGCCUGUUCCAGGAGAACCUGGCAUUGGUGAUGGGGUAUCUUUGUAAUUCUAGUUUAUUAUUAUUUUGUUGAAUGAAUACUUUGUUUUUCAAACUAAUCGAAAUCUCUAUUUUUUGUCAUGAUAUCGUGUGAUGAUAUUGUAACAGUACUGUGAUUUUACAGGAAAAGGGAUAUUAGUUCUUUGCGUUUUGUGAUGGAUUGAGUAGGAAUGUAUAUACAGAUGCGUGAAGUAUCUCGUCAUAUCAUUCUUCAAUACAGCUAUAUCGGAAUUUAGCAAGGGCAUAUUAGGACUCAAGGAUUAAGCUA